AUGGCUACCAGCAAUGAUUUCUACCAGACUCCUUUGAACUCGAGAUAUUCGAGCUCGGAGAUGAAGUAUCUCUUUUCUCCCAGAAACCGUUUCUCGACCUGGAGAAGCCUGUGGUUAUGGCUUGCGCAGUCUCAGAAAGAACUCGGUCUCCCCAUCACCGACGAGGCAAUUGAGCAGAUGAAGGCUCACCUCACCAUUCAGGAUGAGGAGUUCGAAGUUGCCGCUGAGGAGGAGAAGCGCCGGAGACACGAUGUCAUGGCCCACGUCCACGCCUACGGUCAAGUCGCCCCCGCCGCCGCCGGUAUCAUUCACUGGGGUGCUACUUCGUGCUACUGUACCGAUAACGCCGACCUUAUCUUCCUUCGUGAUGGUCUCGACAUCCUCAUUCCCAAGCUCGCCGUUGUGGUUGACAAGUUGGCCGGAUUCGCCAAGGAAUACAAAGACUUGCCCUGCCUGGGUUUCACCCACGGACAACCCGCACAGCUCGUGACGGUUGGCAAGCGUGCAUCGCUGUGGAUUCAGGACUUGUUGAUGGAUCUGCGCAACUUGGAGCGGGCGCGUGAUGACCUGCGCUUCCGUGGUGUCAAGGGUACCACUGGUACUCAGGCCUCUUUCCUCCAGAUCUUCAACGGUGACCACGACAAGGUGGAACAAUUGGACGAGCUUGUUACUGAGAAGGCCGGUUUCAACUCGGCCUUCAUUAUCUCCAGCCAGACAUAUUCGCGAAAGAUCGAUGUUGACGUCUCCAACGCCCUUGGCUCUUUCGGAUCGACAUGUGAGCGUAUCGGUAUUGACAUCCGUCACCUUGCUAUGCUUAAGGAGCUUGAGGAGCCUUUUGAGAAGGACCAGAUUGGAAGCAGCGCUAUGGCCUACAAGCGUAACCCUAUGCGGUCCGAGCGUCUGUGCUCGCUCGGAAGACACCUCCAGAAUCUCCCCAAGGACGCUCUCGAUACCUAUUCGGCACAGUGGUUUGAGCGUUCUUUGGAUGACAGUGCUAUUCGCCGUAUCAGCAUUCCUGAGCUCUACCUGUCCGCUGAUGCCUGCCUCAUCCUUCUGAACAACAUCACUUCCGGUUUCGUUGUCUACCCCGAAGUCAUCAGACGCCAUGUGAACGAUGAGCUUCCUUUCAUGGCUACUGAGAACGUUAUAAUGGCCUGCGUGAAAAAGGGGUUGUCCCGCCAGGACGCCCACGAGGAGAUCCGUGUCCUCUCCCACCAAGCCGCCGACAACGUCAAGAAGCACGGCAAGAACAACGACCUCUUGGAGCGCAUCCGUCGCACCGAGUUCUUUGCCCCCAUCCUGGGUGAAUUGGACGCCCUCCUCGACCCUAGCACCUUCACUGGCCGUGCUCCUCAGCAGGUCGAGAAGUUCGUCUCGACCGAGGUGAAGAACGCACUCAAGCCGUACGAGGCCGCCUUGGCCAAGGCGGAGACUUCUGCCCUGCACGUCUAA